GAGGGCCGGGAUUGGCGGCGGCGCGCGGGCGGCCAAAGGCGGCAGCAGCAAAACCCCGGCGCGCGCCGGUGUCCGCGUGAGUGCCCGCGUGUCCAGAAGUGGCCCUCGAAGUCUUGGCUAUUUUUUACUUGAGACUUGUUUUGUGAUGGAGACGGUGGUGAAGUCUCCCUGUGAUGAACAGCACCCUCAGCAGGCUGAAGACUUCCACGGGAAUCUUGAGCAGAACAGCAGGCUUUCAGCAGGAAUAAAAAAAGAUAUUGAAAAGCUUUAUGAAGCAGUGCCACAGCUUGUAAAUGUGUUCAAAAUUAAGGAAAAAAUUGGAGAAGGUACUUUUAGUUCUGUUUACUUAGCCACAGCACAACUACAAACGGGAUGUGAGGAAAAAAUGGCUCUGAAACACUUGAUUCCAACCAGCCACCCUCUGCGAAUWGCUGCUGAACUUCAGUGCCUCACAGUAGCAGGGGGACAAGAUAAUGUUAUGGGUGUUAAAUACUGCUUUAGGAAAAAUGAUCAUGUUGUUAUUGUUAUGCCAUAUCUGGAACAUGAAUCCUUCCUGGACAUUUUGAAUUUGCUUUCCUUUGAAGAAGUGAGGGAAUACAUGUUUAAUCUGUUUAAAGCGUUGAGGCGCAUUCAUCACUUCGGUAUUGUUCACCGUGAUGUCAAGCCCAGCAACUUCCUCUACAACAGGCAGCUAAAAAAGUAUGCCCUCGUAGAUUUUGGCCUGGCACAAGGAACUCCUGAUACAAAAAUUGAGCUUCUUAAAACUGCGCACUCUGAAGAUCAGCAGGAGGACUCUGUGCACCAUUCUGUCCAGCGCUCUGUCUUUGGAGAGAGGAAUUUCAAUGUCUAUAGUUCCACAUACCAGGAGAACGCGAGUACAAAACUCAUAAAACAAUCAAAGAUGAUAGAUGUUUCAUCUAGGAAGUUGGUAACAAAGAAGAAGAUCAUUUCUACCAAAACUGUGAGCAAUGGGGUGGCGAGGAAAGCUGCCAGUGGUUGCCCUUUAAACCUGCCCUGUGACUGUUAUGAAACGGACAGAGUUUGCAGUGUUUGCCUUUCAAGGCGUCAACAAGUGGCUCCCAGGGCAGGAACUCCUGGAUUCAGAGCCCCAGAAGUAUUAACAAAAUGCCCCACUCAGACCACAGCAAUUGACAUGUGGUCUGCAGGAAUCAUCUUCCUUUCUCUACUCAGUGGACGGUAUCCAUUUUUCAAAGCAAGUGAUGAUUUAACUGCUUUGGCACAAAUCAUGACAGUUCGUGGAUCCAGAGAAACCAUUCAGGCUGCUAGAACUUUUGGCAAAUCUGUUGUGUGUACCCAAGUUGUCCCAACACAAAACUUACGAAGCCUCUGUGAAAAGCUGAGAGGAACAAAUAGCAGCGGUAAGGGAUCUCAGGGGGAAGUGCCCAGCAGGUCUGAAGCCAACAGAGCUUUGCCAGUUGCAGCAGACAAAUYCUGUGCUCCUGAGAUACUCGGAAAACAAAUUCAACAGAGUUUUCAGGAAGGUGAUGGUGCUUUGGAAAUGAGGGCRACUGACAUGAAAGGAUGGGAUCAGGUUCCUGAUGAAGCAUAUGACCUACUUGAUAAGCUACUAGACUUAAACCCUGCAACGAGAAUAACUGCAAAAGAGGCUUUGCAGCAUCCUUUUUUCAAAGACAUGAGGCUCUAAGAAGAUAAAAUAUUCUGUUAUUCCUUUCAUAUGUUUUGUAUGGAAAUAAAAUACUGAGGUAGUUUUACCUUGUUGCCCUCAGCAUUUAAACUCAUUGAAAUGACAUAACACUGCUCUGAACUACUGAAAUAUUGUCUUGUACAGUUAGACUGCAAAUGUCAGUUUAAGAAAUACUUGCAGAUGCUAAAGUUACAUAAACAUCACUGACAUGGUCUUAUCCUAAGACACUUKUGAGAGGUUAUUACGGUGCUGCAUACCUGUUUCUCUGAGAAAGAUAACUUUGAUCAAAAACAACAAGGAAAAAAGAGUUUCAUAAACUCUUAAUUCUCAAGAUAUUCCUUUAAAAUGUACAAAUUUGCCUUAAGGUAAGACUGAAAUAAGAAAGCAUUUGAGAGACUUUUCCAUACUUGCAUAUCUGCUUUGUUCCUGUUUAGUACAUGGGRGACUGAAAAUGGAACAAAGUGUGUUCAUUUUGUUCAGACUAUUUUCAGAGAACACUAUUACUUUGGGAGUGUUGCUAGAGGAAGGACCAGGUGCUGGAGAUUAUAUCAUCAAAAGAAAAGCAUAACUUUUAGAAGUACAUUUUUGUUCCUGUCUGGCCUUCCCUACUUAAACAAUAACAAUAAAUGUAGUUACUCAUUUUGUAUAGCCCAUGUUUCCUCAAUGCCAUGGGUAACUGUCAAUAUUCCACAGCUGCUGCCUUCAGAGUGUCUGAGGUCCCAGGCAUAGGCUUGAUUUCUGUUAUGGAAACUGAUUUCUUAAAACAUGUCUGUUCAAUAAAUGCUUUGGUUUUAUAACUUCAGAAGCUUGUGUAGAGAUGCUUCUAUAAAAGUCAGGUAAGGUUUUCCUAUGGGCUGUUUCUGUUCAGGGAGAAUCUUGCACAUUGAUUUCCUGUAUAAAUUCCUCUGACAAAAGGCUCUUUUCAGAUAGCUCUAAUGUGUGUGGCUGUUACAGUGGAAGUAUUUUAAUUAUCAAGGAAGUCUUACCACAGAACUAGCUAGCUGUUUUCAGAUCCUAAGGAAGAAAAUCCUAUACCUUCGAUGUGCAACGUAAGCUACAUCAGGUUCAACAGAAGUUUCCCUAAAACCCKUGAUGAUUCUGGAGACUGAAACAUAAUACARUGUUUUUACAUGUACAUUUCUUGARAUGCUAAUGGARUUGUUGCUGUGAGAGAUUAYGGGCCAUUCUGAGAAAAGAUUGCUGCUUUGAUAACUCUUGCAAAAGCCUUCUCCUACAAGUGCUGAUGGUUAUGACAGUGUAAAGAUCCUGACCAAGACUGGGGCUGAAGAGACAAGAUUUUAAUAUAUUCAAAUCUUGAAUACAUAGAAAGCGACGGUAAUGUUGCUCUGGCAUCAGCUGUUAAGGAAAAAUAUUUGCAGAUGUCAGAAUAUUGAUCGCAAAAUCUUGAAACACACAAAACCCUGGGGCYCAGGUCUUAGUAAUUUUUUCUGUUUAUAUAAUUUCAACACAGCRCGUCACUGAGAAAUUAUUUAUCUGAAGGAACUGUGGCCAAAUUUGGCAAGCAAUGUUAUCUGCCAGUGUCCGCAGAUGUAUUGUUUCCUCCUACAUUCACUCCUGCUGUCUAUGGUCUUAUGAGAGCACCAGCUGACAGCAAGCUAAAAUAUGUCAGCUAYCUCUUGUGAGUUUUUAAAGUAAGUUCAGCUCUCCAAGCCUCCCUGCUAGCAGCCUUCAGCAGCUCCUUCCAUCAGGCCCUUCAACAAUUAACCACUGCCUUCAUUUAAGAGCCAAAAAGGGAAAAUCAUUGCGAGUGGGAUUUUUACCAAAACAUUAAARGUAAACAAAAUUUGUAAGGAACAAUUUAAGCUCCGUGUAUUGCAUAAUGAGCUGGAGGAACACAUCGGUAUUCCUUCUUCCAGACAGCUGUUUAAAAUGGGGAGAAUUUUUUUUCAAGGGGAAGGAUAAAGUAAAAAGUGUAGCUUUUUUUUUUUUAACUAGCAUAUGCUUAGGAAGUACUUUUUGUAGCACUCUACGAAAGAAGAAAGCUGGAAAUAAAAUAU